GACAGGCCAAGCGUCGCCUUCGAAAGCAUCAAGGAGCAAAACGGCCAGCCUCUGGUCCACCAUGACCGACAAACGCGUUCUCGCAAUUGGCCUCGCCUCGACAAUGUUCGAGGGCUCUAUGUACCUCUUCGUGGUGCUCUGGUCCCCGGUUCUCGUAUCCGCCUCCUCCUCCCCUGAGACCCUCCCUUACGGCAUCAUAUUCGCCUCAUUCAUGGCCUCGACCCUCCUCGCCUCUCUCUUGUAUCCGCGUCUCCUCACCCUCGUCUCCACGCCCUCCCGUUUGCUGCUCUCGGUCCUUCUCGCCGCCAACGUUGUCUUCUUUGCUCUUGGUACUGGUGCCCCGCGCGCGGAGCAGAUUACCUUCUGGCUUUUCUGCCUCUUCGAGGCCUGCGUCGGUCUGUACUUUCCAUCGAUGGGCUAUCUCAAGGGAAAGGUUGUAGACGACGGCGUCAGGGCGCAGGUGUACGGCGUGUUGAGGAUCCCGCUCAAUGUCUUUGUGGUGGUGAGCCUGAUGUUCAGCAGUGACGGGCAGGCGGCCAAGGUGUUUCUCGUUUGCGGCAUGUUGCUGCAGGCUAGCUGUGGCGCGUUGUGGCUCAUGGGCGGGCAGGAUGCGUAGAUCGUUUUCUGUGGACGUAGCCACAACAAGAGAGAAUGAGAGCGCGAGAGAUAACCGAAGA